AUGCAUGUGAAAGUGCCUGAUGUUAACAGAUGUUGUUUUUGCUUGCCGCUACGCCCGGGCAUUAUUUUAUUUGCCUAUCUAAAUAUUAUAUUUUCUGUAGUAUCAGUAACAUGUAUGAUUAUAACUACGGAGAUGCAGCGGCCAGUGGUUCGCGAAGCAUCGGUCGAGGUGAUGAUUUGUACGGUCCUCUUCAGUAUUUUUGGAAUGGGAAUUAUUCUUAACUUCCUGCUUCUCGUUGCUGGUUAUCAGAAAGACAUUACAAUGUUACGGCUGUAUAACUAUUAUGCCGUGGCAACGACGCUUGCUGCUUCAGUGCCGACAUGCUUCUUGAUGUCUAAAAAAAUGUUCGUAGAAGUGAUCAUAGCCUUAUUUAUCAUAGCAAUGCAGUGCUACGUCAUCGUGCUAGUAAGAAGCGAGGUGGUAAAACUAGAAAACAAAGAGAAGAUGGUCGAGCAUGCUCGUGUACAAGAAAAUGUUGACAUAUCAGACUGUGUUACUUUAGUA